AUGACAGAAAUUGUGAACAUAUUUUUUCUGCCUAAUCAGAACCAUGAUGUUGACAAGAAGGAGAUGAGGGACCACAUCGAGGGCAUCCGGGACCUCCUCCUGCAGCGCUCCCCGGGUAGCCCGGCGACAUACGGAGGCGACAGGUCCGUGGAGGAAUGCGAGGAUCGCGAGGCCAAAGAGCAACUCGACAUUGCCUGCUUCAACCUCGCCUACCUGGAGCUGAAAGCCACAGGACUGGAACUCCUGAGAGGUCAACUGGUGGGCGGGAUCGCAGACCUGGAGAAGCGAUUCGUCGACGAGCCUACCCACCUCGGGGCUGGCGACGCUGAGUUUGUCAAUUUCAUUGAGGUCCCGAUGUAUGCAGAUGAGGCGCCACCUCCCCAAGCGAGCCAUGACUUCUACUGCUGA